CGGCAGCCCCAGCCAGAGCUGCGCGGGAUCGAUCCCCGCGGCCUGCCGCUCCCCGCGCCGGGCGGAGCGCCCCGCUCCCGGGCCCCGCUCCCGGGCCCCGCCGCCGCCGGAGCCGGAGCCGGAGGAGGGGAGAGCUCCCAACAUGGCUGAGAUCGGCAUCGACCAGUCCAAGCUGCCGGGCGUCAAGGAAGUGUGCCGAGACUUCGCCGUGCUGGAGGAUCACACCCUCGCGCACAGCCUGCAGGAGCAGGAGAUUGAACAUCACUUGGCAACAAACGUUCAGCGCAACCGCCUGGUGCAACAUGACCUGCAAGUGGCCAAGCAGCUGCAGGAAGAGGAGGAUCUGAAAGCACGAGCCCAAAUCCAGAAGCGCUACAAAGACAUAGAACGGCAGGACUGCGAGAUAGCUCAGGAAAUUCAGGUGAAAUUGGUGAUUGAAGCAGAGCAACGGCGCAGACAAGAGGAGAAAGACGAGGACAUUGCCCGCAUCCUACAGCAGAAGGAACUGCAGGAAGAAAAGAAGAGUAAAAAGCACUACCCAGAACCCCAGGGACACACCGAUCAUGAGGACAGUUACUACCCAGAGAACGGAGGAUUGAAGUCGAGGGGGAUGAAAGAAGCUGUUCAUGCCAAACCCCGAGUGGCCCGUAGGGACCUGGAGCUGCAUGAUGCAGAGAUCGCUAGGAAACUGCAAGAGGAAGAGCUUCUGGCCAACCAGGUUGAUAAGCGGGCAGCACAAGUAGCCCAGGAUGAGGAGAUAGCUCGCCUGUUGAUGGCGGAGGAAAAGAAGGCUUACAAGAAAACGAAGGAACGAGAGAAGUCCUCUCUUGAAAAGAAAAGGCAGGACCAAGACUGGAAGCGUGACACAAGUGAAUUUGCGCGUCCAAGGCCAAGAGAGAGGCUUGAACCUCAGAGACUCAAGAGUGACAAACCUGCGCGGCCGCCACCACCUCCAGUCACAGAACUGGCUGACUUUGAUCACAGUCGUGGUUUUACAAGCCAGCCUAGCUCCGUGCGUCAGUUUUCUAAACCGGAGUCUUCUCCGAAAGGUUUCCAUUCCAAGCAGUAAAAAGCUAGACUUUGCAUUGAUACUGACGCUCUUCUGUAGCAGACAUUACUGGAAUUCCCAGGAGAGCUUCUCAUUUCCUUUACCCAACUCGAGUUCCAUCCUCAGGACUUCUUCCUUUUUAAAUAUCAUGCCAAUAAGUAGUAUAUGUUCAUUCUGGUUUCCUGGUUGUUUGUGAUCACUUUAGUAGUGCAGUAAAAUCUAGCCACUGUGUAGCUGGCCAGCUGUACCCAGCUAGCUGACCUGACAACACCUUUACAGCCCUCUAAAUCCCAUUUUAGCUACAGCUGCAUCUUUGACAAUUAGUGGCUUGAUCUUUGGGAGAGAGAGAGAGAGAGACAGACAACGGGGGGAAACGUCUGAGGUGUGAGGUGGAUUAUGGCAAUGCAGAAAUCCAAGGAAUAGGAUGGAGAUUAACACGUGACUCAGAUGACACACAGCUUUCUGUUGUAACCAGGAUUGCACAUCUCCCCGAGUCCUGAGUGAGAAACCGGAAUCAAAUCAACACAGAGCAACUGCUGUUUUCCAUGGUAGUUGGCAUGAAGGUGAACGCGUCUUCGUACAUCUACCAGCAGGCUGCUCGGACGUCACGCCCUUUGGAGAACCCCCUGUUCUGUCUACCAAGUCUCUGCUGUGCUGUCGCUUCUUAGGAAACACCUUUUGAAUGACCCAUGUAACAUGCUUCUGUGUCCGAGUGAGGCCUCUGAAUAAGGGGUUAUAAAACUUCAGCUCAUGCAGUACGUCUUGUAUGUAUUGCUUUUGAGAAGUUCUCAGUUUCUUGAUGCAGCUGUCUGGUGGAGCCAGAGGGGAAUAUAAAUUCGUGGGCCAUAGGGCCAAAAGGGACCAUUAUGAUCAUCUGGGGUGACUUCAUGCAUGGCAUGGGUCAGAGAACCUCACCCAGGAAAAAUGUGGGGAGCUAGUAUUCUUUACACCAUUGAGCCCAAUCACUUGUGGCUGAACUAGAGUGGGUCUUCUAGAAAAGCAUUCAGUCUCUGUUUAAGAUGCCAUGUGAGGAUGAAGUAAUCACUUCCCAGAGUGCAGGAAUCCUCCCUCAAUUGAAGAUACCCACUUAGGUUCUCUCCUGUACUGAUCCUUGUGCUCCCCGCCCCAUGGGAGAUGAGUACCUCCUGAACCACCUCCCAGUGCUUUCAACCUCAGCGUUUUUGUCAAUCUCUAUGCAAAUACACUUGAAUUGCAAAGCUGACCGUAGAUGUACAGUAAGUUCUUAAGCCUAUCCAGCCAAUAAGGGCUAGAUGGCCAGUCCGCAAGUCAGUGGUAGGAAUCAGAGGCAGUGGACUGGUGAGCAGCCUGGGAGGGAAAUUCCUUGAUUUGCUGCUACUCCAGAGAGGUAGUAAACUGCACCGAGUCUGUACUUGGUGCAUCACCUCCCAGGGUCAAGAUGCUGUGGGGCGCACGGAGAGGUAGGGAACGCAGCAGCUCUCCAGAGCCUGCUUGCAUGAAGCGAUGGUGCACUUCACUGGCACAAGGGAGUAAGGAAUGCUUCUGCCCCCUCUGCUCCUUUGUAGCAGUCUGCAGGAAGGGCUACAAUCCAGCCCCAAGGCCACAUCUUCGCUAGGAGGAAACAAUGUGUUCUUAACUCCAGCUAAGACAGGGCUGUCUGUAGCUGUCCCACGAGUUAAAGGCUAUGGAACAGCCUAGGGUUUACCCUGACUUUCUAACUUAUGUGAAAACUACAAAUUGCCCUGGUCCUCACUAGGAUUUUACCUCUGAUUAGUUACCCUGUGUUAUAACAACAAUACCUGCCAUGCAGCACCUUUCAUCAGUAGAUCUCAAAGCAAUUUACAAAUCAUUUUACAGAUGGGGAAACUGAAGCAUAGAGAGGGGAGGUGACUUGCCUAAGGGCACCCAACCGGCCCGUGGCUAAGCUGGGACUGGAACCCAGUUUUCUGAAUCCCAGUCCAGUGCUCUAUGUGUCAGGCCACACUGCCUCUGUUAGCUAGCAUGAGUCAAGAACACACCUUUGUUCUGAAUGAAAAGAAGGCUUCGGUGAGUUAGAAAUAACGUGAGGGUUUUCUGCAUUGUUGGUAUCCCCCGCUGUCGAAUGGACUCACACCGACAUCUCCAGACUGCAGACGAGCGUGCCUGCUUUCCCCUCUGCCUCUCUCCAGGGGAUUCUGAAGCUGUCUCUUCCUCUUCUCAGGAAACAGCCCAGGCCGUGGCUAGAUUUGACUGCUCUUGUCUCCUGCCCUUUUAAUUGCCCCACAUCCAUCUUGUCAGGAGCGUUAAUGGAGUUUUAAAGGAAACAGUCCCAAAAUGCACAGUAUGUUUUUUAUUUGAUAAUCUUGGCAUUUGGAAGGUUUUUAUGUUAUGAAUGUUUAUUUUUAUAUUUCAUGGAACAGUCAGUGUUUCUACUGCUGAGAAUGUCACUUCCUUUCCUGCAUCCCCCCAACCUGUAUGUAUUGUGAAACGGAACAGGGGCCGGGGUGACAAUUCUCAGAUGGUCCAAGACCAGGUCCUGCCCCUCGGGUCAUCCGGUAGUUGCCAAAUCAGAAUAUGGUUGCGUUUUACACUGGCUUUGUGCAAGUAUAAAUGAUGUCACAAGGUGGGGAGGAGAAUCCAACCCCUGGAGCUCAGCUACUGUCGGGGUUUGGCAGUUUAUGAUGAUUUCCCCUCCCACGCCCUGACUGGAGGCUGCAGUUUCCAUCUUAUCCCCAUUAGGAAAGUCUUUAGGAGCCCCAUCCUGCUCCUGUUUCCGGGCCUGAUUCUGGAAAACAUCCCUAUUCAAGAAGGGUGCUCAAGUCCCAUUGAAGUCAAUGGGACAUAACAUGCUUAGUUAGGUGGCAAAGCUCCCAUUGACUUGAAUGGGAACUGGAUCAGGCCCUAAGAAUCCAUCCCUGCUCCUGUUGAAGUCAAUAGGCAUCUUUUGUUGAGCAAGGAUCAGGUCCUAAAUAGGUGGAAGAUCGAGGACCUGAUUCACCACAGGCCUAAGCAGCCAUGAAUGACUCUGCUGAUAUCAGUACAGUGGCCGCUGCUUACGCCAGGCAUAACAUUGGCCCUUAGAGCCAGAGCUUCAGCUGCUUGGUUGGUGUCCGUGAUGAUUCUAAUAAGACCCAACCAAGGCUAUGUGCUCUUUCCCUGAUGGAAAGCCAGGGAACCAACCUUUCUGUUGCCCCGUUUAAGUAGCUUGGCCUAUUGCCUUGCUCUGAAUUAAAACGUAUAUGGCAAAAGGCCGGGGAAACCUGCCGGUGUCGUUCCCACCUCUGUUGCAUUUCUUCCUGUGUGCUUUAUGACAAGUAACAGAAAGUCCAUGGUAGUGAAGCACGUUGCUUCCCGAGUUUCCAUAGCCGGCAGGCACACGUUACUAAUGCUUCCCAAAGCUUUGAUUUACACAGCUCACUUCGUACAACAAGAGUGGGAAGCAAACGAAUUUCCAUACCCAGUCUUGGUUGAUGCUCUUGCCACCACUUGGUCUUCCGUCCAAAGCACAACAGUUGUAGCCAUCUUUGAGGAGUGCGGUUAGGCAAACGGAGUGAUCGUGCCUUAAUCCCGGGGUAGUUGACACCAUAGCCAUUCUGAUCAGAGUCAGUGUGCUAUAAAAUAAACCCAGCCUGCCAUCUUAAGACACGUACUGUACAAUGAGGAGAAUGGAGGAUGCCAAUGGGAGACAGAGGCAGCAGGUUAACCUCAUGGUUUUUAAAGGACUUUCUUGAGUGAAAAAUCGUGUUUUAAUUGGUAGGUUAUUUUUUAUCAUUUGGCUUCCCUCAUGGGGAGGGAGGGUAGAAUCUACAACAGCUGAAGCUGCUUAGCUCCACAAAGGGAUCUUGUAUGUACAGUAUUUUUAUAUUGCAGCAAGGCAGGCUUUUAAGAUGGGAAUUGGGACAAUUCAUCUUUAAUACAGGAAAAAAUGGAUUUUUUUUAAUAGCCCUCAACUUUGUGAUUUUCAUUUUGUGCCAAAUUAGACCAGCUGUUCCAGCGUAGGGUAUUCAUUCAACUUGCCACACUGGAUUGAUGUAUGUACGUAUUUUUAUUCUUUUUUCGGGAUUUAAUGUUUGAUUAAGAUUAGCCUGUAUGCAAGCUAACUGUGGAUUUCAAAUUGAUGAUUUCCGUGCGUGGGAAUGUUUUGGAGGCAGUACAGAUACAGUGAUUUUAUUUUAAGGCUGCAGAAUGCCCAGCCUUACCGUGUCCUCUUGUAUCCCAGCAUGGCCAAUCAGUAAAAUAAUCAAAAGUGGCCUUCUUAUGCAGCAUAUCCUCCCGGGCAUCUGCCGCCCUGAGCAGGUUCUCAGUGCUGUGAGCCUUGGAGAGCCAGUGUGGCUGUGCUGAGAUACGACAGGGAUGGGCACAAUAUUUAGGCCUAGAUAGAAGUGGGUUGUCCCACAGGCCUUGCCCCCUGGGAAGCUCGAUCCAAGCAGAGUUGUUGUUAUGGAAGGGAUCCUGCAGCACCGGGGAACAACCUUUGAUUUUGCACUUGCCCCAUCGUUGCCCAGACCUGCAGUUGAAUUUUUCCCAUCUGCCAGUGCAGGGGACAGUUCUUGGCCCUUGUCUCCCGGGUUCCAAAGCUCUCUUGACUUCCCCUAAUGUUGUUGGUUUGAGAGACCUCUAUGGGGCAGCACUGAUUCUGAUGGGAGGUUUGGCAGUGCAGCUUGGAGCUGUAUAUAUCACUCGAUAGCUGGUUGCUUCUGUGGAGAAGAUAUUUUUAAUCACUAUAAGUAGCAGUUGCACAGUUUAUUUUUUAAGAUGAUGCUGUAACAGACCUUGUGGUUCUCUAAUAAUUUCACGGUCGUUGUCACUAUGCUGCACACAAUGGCUACAGCAGGCCUAGAACUCAGCACCUCCUGCGCUGAAAGCACAGGGCCUUGCCUCUUGAGCUAGAAAUGUCUCUCCAUUACCUUUUAGCAGCACAGGGUCUAUAAUAAGACGCAGUUCAGACUCUAUCCAGCAAAGGGCAGUGGUGGAGACAAACCCUGCCCCCUUAACUACAGUCCUGUCUCUGUCCCAAUAAGCCGUUUCACUGUAUCAGUGUUCUCCUUAAGUCGAUUCUGCUGCGUCUCCAACUGUGUUUAUGCACUGCAAUACAGCUAACCACCUCAAAGAAGUAACUAAUGUAGCUCUUCAGGGUAAACUUUCAGCAUGGGGCAAGGAGAUAUUAGCCAUAGAGUAAAAUUAAUUAGUCAAGUGGCUAAAUCCCUCAGAGCUGCAAAUAUACCCUGUGCUCUAACAGCUAGCCCAUAAAUGUAAAUUGGACACUGACAAUAAUCCAUCUAUGCAACCCUGUUAUUUUUUGACUGUUCGUCCUCUAGUUUUAUCAGGUUUAACAUAGAACUUCUGAAUGAUAUUUAACCAAAGUAUCACGUUUGUGUGUAUAGCAUGAUUUGCUUCUUUUUUCCUGAACUCAUUGAAUGUAAAGAGAAUAUCGCCUUGUCCAUCUUGUUCAAUAAACCGUAGUCUUUUGUUA